UGAGUACUCGAGCAUUCAUUCCUUAUAAGUUCUGGGAACCCUGAGCAUUGUUAUACUCCUGAUAAUCGGUGUAGACAACCAUCCGGAUCCCAUGGUGAUCGUUUACCAUUGCUACAGUAGACUUUGCGAGAGUACUCUGUUAGCAUUCACCUGUCUCAUGAAGCGAAGUACUAUUGCGCAUGCCAAUCUGAGUCCUGACUCUAGUGAGUCUGUAUUUCUCUCCUGAAAACGCUCAUAAUACGGCAAUGAUUACGAAACAUAUCUCCAUCGAUUCGUCACUUCAAUAUAUUCUCAUCCUUUGUCAUGAAUCCAAGAACGAAUCACAAUCCUCCAAAAGCGGCAGCCUGGUCAGAAACACCACUUUUCAAAUCAUCGUAUUCAACACGAGAGUGUCUCUCCGAUCCACCCAUUCAGUUACAACUGCUCUUCUAUAAUACAGGCAGCACGUAUUAUAUAUCAAUCUAUCUUCCUCUCCAUGGAUCUAUCGAAUCAUAUAUUUAUCUCUAUGAAAGAUCCCGGUUACAUGGUAUAACCACACGAUGAAGAAACAUCAUAGUCUUUCCACACCCGAGGCGGAAAAUUGUACUUCCAAACUCAAUCUUUUAGAUUUACCACAAGAAAUUCAUUUGUUGAUAACUUCUCAUCUGAUAUACCCAGAUGCGCUUUCCUUAAAGCACGCCAAUCGAUAUUUCUACUCUUUUGUAUAUACCGGGUUACAUUUGAAGAUAGAAUGGCUGAUUCAGAGGCGUCGGCUACAUUUGGAUUGUCCAAGUGAUAGUAAAUGUGAAUUGGGAAGUGAUCUCAGAUUUUGUCGAGGGAGUGUUGCGUGAGGCUUAUCUAACCUUCAUCAUGUCAAGAUGUGAAAACUAAUGAUAUCAAUAGGUUGUUGAUGAAGAGAAGGAGAGAGCAUCAAGAAUGUGACAGUAAGCCAGGAGGGAGGGGAUGUCUGGUAUUAGGAAGGAGCAUUUGUUUGGAUAAGAAACACGACAAUCAUUUGAAGGUGUUCUGGCGAUAUCUCAGAUCGGGAAUCCCUCUGUGGUUAGUCGUGGUGACCAUUGCUUUGCUGGCGAUUGUGAUGGCUCCGACGAGAAUAUCUCCUAUCACGGAGAAUGUUGAUAUACUCAGAAAGGGGUGGAUUUCAUUGAUGCGUAACUAGAGAUCUUCGGCACGAAUCCCUCCUAUAGCAAUAUCUAAUAAUGAAGGCGGCGAUAUCAGCAAUUAGCAUCUCUUUCCAUCAUCUGACUGACAAGUAGUCCCGAUACCGUCGU